AUGGAACAUCACUUGGAACGUAUAAGGUAUAGGGUUGAAAGUAUAAGGUUUAGGUUAGGUUUGGUUAGUUGAUAUUAAAGUUUAAUUCAUAUUAUUUGGUUAGUUGAUAUAAAAUUCUAUGAAUUCUAUUCAUGACUUUGAUUUUCUUAUGUUUUCAAUGAAAAUUAUAGUGCAAGUAAGAUUUUUUCAAGUGAGUCUUUCAAAAUGGGGAGAAGAAACCGUGAUUGAUCACGUGUCAGCGUUAGGGAAUGGAUUUUGUUGGCUGGGUCAACAGGCAAACUACGCAUGCAUCUUAAUCACACGACCUAACAAUCAAGAAAUACGUAUGAUUCUUAAGAACGAACACGUGGUUGUGACCAUCUGUUGGCAUCCUGCUUCGUUCAUCCCACCCUAAGCUAGAACCUUUUCGCUUUGCGAGUUCUUUUCUCCCACAUCCAGAGAUCAAUGUGCAUCCUCUCAUGGCUGUUUUAUUUCUCAAACCAAGCUUAAAAGUUAAGAGCUGUCCAAAUGACAUCAAUUAAAAAUGAAAUAAAAUAGAGAAGAACGAGUAAUGAUUGUAGAAACAAAACAGAAGAAACCCUCAGUCCAGAAUAUUCGUCCUUGUAAAAUACAGAAGGCAAUUAAUUUGACCAACUUCUAAAAUUUAGAAGUUUUCAACGAGUUGAAACACUGAGAACCUUUUCUUUUAUUACAUCCACCAAUUCUUCGUGAAACCACCGCAAGAAACAUAAAAGCUGGAAACAUAAACUUUCCCAGCGUGUAACGCGUUCAAAUAUUUAGCUUGGAGAGCGACAUCACGCGUUUUUAGCUGCGAGUCAGGGAUUUCAAGAGGUGCAUGAAACAACGUCAUAUGUUCCCUUUUUUUUUUCUUCUUCUCAUCAUCAACCGCUCCGAAUUUAUUUUUACUAACGAAGAGGUGCGUUCCCGGUGUCGCUUUUGUGCCGCAGGACACGUUAUCGUUAACGACUGGAAUAACGUUCUCGAACGAGGAAUAACUGUCGCAAACGAUUCAAAGUUGUAAAAGCUGGAGCAUCGCGGGUAUCGAGCAAAGCGAUCCGCUUUGUGUCGGCGGUAAAAGGUGUUCCAAGCAGGCUCAACAACAGUCUCUCUCGUGUGUGUAUCUCGUGUAUCGACGUUCAAAGAGGACCAGCUACAAACGCAGAAUCUCGGACUGAUGAAAGAAAAAUAUGACGUAAUGUGCAGAUACGAUUGUUUAAAAACUCUUCGAACGCUCAAUUGUUUGAGACAAUCACUGAGGAAAAACAUCGCAACUUUUUCAACAUUAAUGGAUAUUGGAUAAUGACAUUCGAGAUAUAUCAUUCAGGCGAUGAACCCUACGGGGAGUGUUCCUACUUUUUUUCCUUUGGCCACAGAACAUUGAUGAAAUUUCACAGGGACACUGAAUAUGUUACAAAGAAGUUCCUCUAUUCUUCUCUGUGACUUCUAUGGAACAA